CAUGACACUCGACAAAUGAACAGUAGUGUAUGGACAUUAGGUUAGAAAACGUUUAACCGUGUUGGUUUCUAGUCGUGAUACUGUGUUAAUUAAUAGAGUAUUCUGUAUCUAUUACCAUAGUGUUUUGUUUGUUUAAAUAGUUUUUAAAGAUAACAAAAUGAACUUAAUUAUACUUUUCGGCCUGUGUUUUGUUACGUUUUGUACGGGACAUGAGGAAAGCCCUUACACAUUCCAAUAUACGAAAGAGAACUUUCAAGAGGGAGUUGGAAAAAAUAACCAUUUCAUCAUGUUUUAUGCACCCUGGUGCGGUUACUGCCAAAAAUUGGCGCCCACAUGGAACCAGUUAGCCGAGAUGUUAAAUUCAGAUGAGCAUUCAAGAGUCACCAUUGCCAAAGUUGAUUGUACGACUGAUAAUGAAGUUUGCUCUCAACAUGAUGUUACAGGCUACCCUACCCUGUUAUUCUUCAAAUUGGACACUGAAGAACCUGUGAAGUUCAAAGGAACUCGAGAUUUACCAACUCUCACAGCUUUUAUUAAUGAACAAAUCGGUGCCAAUGAACCUUUGGAUGUUGAAUCGAUUCCACAUAUUCCUGAUGCUGUCAAUGGUCUAGUCGAAUUGACAGAAGAUACGUUUGCAGAUCAUGUCAGAGAAGGGCAGCAUUUUGUGAAGUUUUAUGCACCAUGGUGUGGUCACUGCCAGAGUCUUGCCCCAGUUUGGGAAAAACUAGCGAGUACUUUUGAACAUGAAGACUCUGUAAGCAUUGCUAAAAUUGACUGCACUCAACAUCGCCCAAUUUGCACACAAUUUGAAGUAAAAGGAUAUCCUACCUUAUUAUGGAUAGAGGAUGGCAAAAAGGUGGAAAAAUACUCUGGACAAAGGAAUCACGAAGAAUUAAAGGCUUAUGUUGAGAAGAAACAUGGUGCUUCACAAAUUGAUGAUGAAGAUAGAGAUGAUAAUCGCAUUCCAGACACUAAUGAAGAAGAAGGUGUCUUUAAUCUUGUGGGAUCAAACUUUGAACAAGGCAUUUCAAAGGGUGUGACUUUCGUCAAAUUUUUUGCACCAUGGUGUGGACAUUGUAAAAGGUUAGCACCUACUUGGGAUGACUUAGCUAAAAAGGUUGUCGGUUCAACUAACAUUAACGUAGCUAAAGUUGACUGCACUUUAGAGGACAACAAGGAAUUGUGUUCUCUUCAAGCUGUUGACGGUUUCCCUACUCUAUAUUUGUACAAGGAUGGGCAAAAAUUAUCCGAAUACAAUGGAUCACGGUCAUUAGAUGAUCUCUACGAAUUUUUAAUGUCACAUGUAGUACAUGAUGAGUUGUAAUUAAAAUUGUGAUAGUUUUAAUUUAGGUUUAUAUGUAAUUUUAAUUGUAUUAGAAUAUUUCUUCAGAUAACACUACAACAGAGACUGAGCCAUGACUGGAUAUUUACAAUUAUUUACAAUGCAUCAUAUUAUUCCUUUUUUUAAAAAUUUUUACAGUGUAUUGAUAAUACAACAAUAAAUCUAAUUCAGAUGCAGAUGAUGCUGUUUCUGAACUCAUUUGG